AUCCAUCAGUGUGCUCUCCCAGGAAUCCGGUCUAUGAUGCUGGUGGGAAGGUUCAUUUAAUUGUUGUGCAACCGUCUUUAAGAGGAUACUAUUCUACUUCAGCUCCUCAAUUUAUUCUUUCCCAUCCAUUGUCCCUCUUUCCGGUUGUCUUUGCUUCAUUUCACGCUUUAUUCUUCCUUUUCGGCAUGCUCUCUUUAUCACAUCUCUCUGUCGUCUUGGCUCUGCUUCACUAUUCGACGUGCACCCCCUUUCAUUCGGUAUUUUCUCGUGCGACUACGGCACUGGCUGCGUCGGAGCAUUGUGGCGAUGAGGACUAUGUCAUCCUUAGUGGCACUCCAUGGAUUGUUUACAACAUGCUUUACAAUGCAGACGUGACGGUCGGAACACAGUGUACAAACUUUGAGAGUGUCGAGAAGCCCGCAACUGGUAACCCCGAAGUGAUUUGGAGCAGCGUUACUGAUAUUGAAUAUGUUGAGAGCACUGACAACGUCCCAAAAGGAUACUCCUUCGUCGGUCUCACCCAAAAUCUUGAAACCACAAUCUCCGCAAUCUCCUCCAUUCCAGCCAGUUACAAUUGGUCGCGAACGAAUACUACCGCUUUCAAAGGCAACAUUUGUUUCGAUUUCAUGACCAGCGACACGAAAGGAGACUCCACUUCGACUUCCGCUCAAGAACUUAUGCUAUGGCUCCAAUAUGAGGGUAGUCAACUACCGAUCGGAUGGGGAGACGUUGUGACCACCAUUGAUUCUUUGUUCGGCACAAGCUGGAAAUUGUAUGAAGCCAAGAAUACAGAUACUGGGAUCACGGUCCACAGCAUGCUUCCCGAUGUCCAAUUUGAUGGGAGUUUUGAGGGAGAUUUGAAAGAAUGGCUAGAAGCUCUGGUAAAUUUGGGGAGAUUUACAAAUGAGACGUAUGUCAACGUUGGAAAUGCCGGAACCGAAUUCUUCUACGGGGACAGCGUCAUGAACGCCACAUUGGGCUUGCAGAUUGAUUUGAGCUGAGUAGCCGUCUAAAUGCGAGCCGAACGGACUCUUUGCAAAUGUAUGUAGUUCGAAGGACAUAUCCCACCGUGUAACUAUAGUGGUGAUUGUAAACCUUUUGAUUCACUAGGCAAAAAGGACUUCACUUGCUAAGCAGGACCCCUGACGGAGUAUGUAAAUUUCUAAAUGCAAUUGAUCGCCUUUAGAUCAUCGAGG